AAAGGUAAAUAGAUAAUGAUUUUUUUUUUUUUUCUUUUAUUUUCAGAUGUUAAACCAAGCAAUAUUCUUUUAGAUCGUCGUGGGAAUAUUAAACUUUGUGAUUUUGGAAUAAGUGGGCAAUUAGUUGAUUCUAUUGCAAAAACAAGGGAUGCUGGUUGUCGUCCAUAUAUGGCACCAGAACGAAUUGAUCCUGGUAGAGCGAGAGGAUAUGAUGUACGAUCUGAUGUAUGGAGUUUAGGAAUUACUUUGAUAGAAGUAGCUACAGGAAAAUUUCCUUAUCCUAAAUGGAACAGUGUAUUUGAACAAUUAACACAAGUUGUCCAAGGUGAUCCACCACAGUUAAGUCUUCAAGACAAUGGAAAUUCAUUCACUUUAGAAUUUGUAAAUUUUGUUAAUACAUGCUUGAUCAAAGAAGAACAGAAUAGGCCUAAGUACAAAAAAUUAUUGGAACAUCCUUUCAUAAUUCGUUCGGAAAGGGAGACUGUUGACGUUUCUGGUUAUAUAAACAGUGUGCUAGAUAAAAUGGGCAGGAGCAGCUAAAUAUAGUAAAAUUUUAACAGAAAUUAUCAGAAGAAAUGAAUUACGGUGUAAUCAAAUCACUUGCAACCUGAGCAAUUGCACUUACACCAAUGUUUUAUAGUGAUGUGUAAAAUUGAACUGAUUCAGUCACACACGAGACGUGUAGUAACUGGUUCACUAGUGAGAUACCAUUUAUCAACAUAUAUGGACCUAAACGAAACUAUUAUCUAAUAUAAUUAAAUUGAAAAAUUUUAAAAAACAUAUUUGAGGUCAUUAUCAUCUUAAAAUCACCCAACGGAAACCAAGAAUGGCAUUACUACGUUGCUCGAAAGAAAUUCCGAAAAUGUUCGACUCUGUCGGCCCUUCUAUAUUCGAUGAUAGGAUUGGAAGAAGUUUGGGUGAAUAAAGAGAUAUAGCUUUA